AUGCCGAAGCGCACUCAUGCCGGCGAUGAGAAGGUGCAAGAUGAUGACGUCCAGACGGCAUGCGAAGAGGGUGCGUGGUUUCAGGCAGAGAAGCACCGAAAGGAGAUCCGGGCCUUCUUGGCAGGCCCCGGGAACGAGGAGCGGUACGCCAUGCUAGACCUGUUCGGCGCUUCGGGGCAGAUGUCCAAGUGUUGGCGCAAAGCUGGUUGGGAGGCUUUCGCCUACGACAUCAAGACCAACAGCGAGCACGAUCUCACGAGUGCGAACGGCUUUUGGGAGUUGUGCAAAGCAGGGAAGAAGCUGAUGACGAAAGGCCUGAUCUUCGGGGGCCCGCCUUGUAGUCUCUACGUGUGGAUCUCAAAGUCGGUCCACAAUCGAAGAGAGGACAACAAGUACAUCGGAGAAACCAGGAACCUCAAGGUUCGAAUGAGCAAUCGGAUCGUGGCGAACAUGUGCGUGUUCUUGGAGGAGCUUUCCGAGGUGAAGGACUGCGUCUACUCUGUCACGGAGCAGCCGGGCAGCUCAUGCAUGUUCAAGAUGAGAAAUACCUCAUCCAUGGUCAAGCGGCUCAAGAUGAAGUUUGUUUGGACCUGGAUGGGAUUGUUUGGGCAUGAGAUGCAAAAGGGAACAAAGCUCAUCGGCAACCUCCCUUCUCUCGGCUCCCUCCGCCGUGUGAUGACACAUGCCAGCCGAAAGCAGAUCAAGAACAGGCAGACAAAAAAUGGAAUGGCAAAGUACUACACCAAGGACUCCGAUGGAAAGGUGACAGGUGGCAAGAAUCUGCAGUCCAGUGCUGCCUACACGCCUGAGUUCUGCAAGGCAGUCUACAAGGCUUGGCUUCAGGACUUGAAGGCCAACUGA